AUGGGCCGGCCGGGCCGGCCAGCAGUGGCCGCCGCCGCCGCCGCCGCCGCCGCCCGGGCUACGGCCGCCGCUGCCAGGCUGCAGUCCCGCCAGGCUCGCCGCACCAUCUGCGCAUCUGCAGCCACAGCGGAGGCUGAGACGUUCCAAUAUCAGGCCGAGGUGGAUCGCCUGAUGGACCUUAUCGUCAACUCCCUCUACUCCAACAGGGACGUGUUCCUGCGGGAGCUGGUGUCCAACGCAUCUGAUGCCCUGGACAAGAUCCGGCUGCUGGCGGUGCAGGAGGUGGACGAGUACAAGACGGGCAGCGAGCUGGAGAUCCGUAUCCGCGCCGACAAGGAGGCCAACACGAUUGUGAUCGAGGACACGGGGGUGGGCCUCAGCCGUGAGGAGCUCAUCAGCACCCUGGGCACCAUUGCCAAGUCAGGUACCGCCAAGUUCAUGGAGGCGAUGAAGGAGAAGCACGACGCCAACCUGAUUGGCCAGUUUGGCGUGGGCUUCUACUCCGCCUUCCUGGUGGCCGACAAGGUGACCGUGUCGACCAAAAGCAACAAGGACGACAAGCAGUGGGUGUGGGAGUCGGCGGCCGGGGCACACAGCUACACGAUCAAGGAGGACACGGCCGCCGACAUCCCACGCGGCACCCGCAUCACCCUGCACCUCAAGCCAGAUGCCACCGAGUUCGCCGAUGCGACCAAGCUGCAGGGCCUGAUCAAGCAGUACAGCGAGUUCAUCUCCUUCCCCAUCAAGCUCUGGGUGAAAACCUCCAAGCCUGAGCAGGUGGUGGAUGAGGAGGCGACUGCCAAGGCGCAAGAGGAGGCGGAUGCUAAAGCCAAGGAGGAGGGCAAGGAAGAGGGGGCGGAGAAGGUGGCGCCAGUGAUGAAGACCGAGUACCGGGAGGAAGCUGAGUGGAAGGUGCAGAACGACAACAAGCCGCUGUGGCUGCGCCCCGCCCGCGAGGUGGGCAAGGAGGAGUACGACGCUUUCUUCAAGACCACCUUCCGUGUUGUGUGUGUGUGUGUGCGCGCGCGCGCCUCGCCCUACGCCGAGUCGCUCACCCGCAAGGGCUACGAGGUGCUCUACCUGACUGAGCCUGUGGACGAGGUGGCGGCGCAGACCCUGGAGGAGUACGAGGGCCACAAGCUGACAGAUGUGAGCCGCGAGGACCUUCAGCUGGAUGAGUCGGAGGAGGACAAGAAGGCUCUGGAGGGGGCCAGCGAGGAGCUCAAGGGCCUCACAGCCUACAUGAAGAAGGUGCUGGGUGACAAGGUGGAGAAGGUGGCGGUGACGUCCCGCCUCACCGACUCCCCCGCCGUUGUGGUGGCCUCCAAGUUUGGCUGGUCGGCCAACAUGGAGCGCAUCAUGAGGUCGCAGGCGAUGGGCGACGCUCGCUCAGCAGAGUACAUGCGCGGGCGACGAAUCAUGGAGCUCAACCCGCAGCACCCCAUCAUCCGCACGCUGAAGAGCAAGGUGGAGCUGGAGAGCCGGGAGGCUAAGGAGCAGGUGCAGCUUCUGUACGAGGCCGCCCUGCUGGCGGGCGGCUUCAUGAUUGAGAGCCCCAAGGACUUUGCUGCCCGCAUCUAUUCGAUGAUGGAGCAAGGCAGCGGCGGCGAAGGGGCCGGCAGCACGCCCAGCAGCUCUGUCAGCGCGGGCGGCGGCAAGGCAAAGGCAAAGGCAAAGGCGCCGGCAGAGGCGGAGGCGGAGGCUGUCGACCCCGAGGUGGUUUGA